AUGUCUUUUGCUAGGCGACUGGACCCGUCAGCUUACACGGACAAUCUAUACAUUCAUAAAUUUGCCACACCAAGCUCAAGCUUUGCUGCUCGAAGAUUUUCCUCGGAUACACAGUUGUUCCGUUACGACCCAGAACCAUACAAUGAGUAUGGGCAUAUGGGUUUCACUGGAGCACCAUCUGCUGCAUUUCAAAACUCCUUUUGUAGUCAGCAGGCCUCACUAAAACCAUACCAUGUAACUGAUGAUGGACGAUCUCCAAGUGUUGCAGAUACUCAGUCUAACUCAUGCUCUGACGCAGCAAAAGAUUCACCAGUGAUUUCCAAUGUCUCGCAGCAGAACUCCCAGUCUGUAUCAGAUAGUCAGAGUUCUGAAAUCGAAGUAGAGUUCGAUGAAGAUGACAUUAGGCUGAAGCUUCAGGAGCUGGAGCAUGCUUUACUUGACGAUGGUGAUGAUAUCUUAUUUGACAUUUCCCAGGCAGGUAGCAUUAAUGAUGAAUGGGCUGACCCCAUGAAGAAUGUAUUGCUUCCAAAUUCACCAAAAGAAUCAGAGUCAAGCAUCAGUUGUGCUGUUAGCAACAGUGGAGCUCCAAGGACUCCAAAGCAAUUGCUCUUUGACUGUGCUACUGCAUUGUCUGAAUACAACACAGAUGAAGCACAGGCGAUCAUAACAGAACUCCGACAGAUGGUCUCCAUUCAAGGGUACCCUUCUGAAAGGAUUGCAGCAUACAUGGUAGAGGGCCUUGCUGCAAGAAUAGUAGCUUCAGGGAACGGCAUCUACAAGGCUUUGACAUGCAAGGAUCCUCCAACUCUGUAUCAACUUUCAGCAAUGCAAAUCCUCUUUGAAAUAUGCCCAUGUUUCCGUUUGGGCUUCAUGGCUGCUAAUUAUGCUAUAGUUGAAGCCUGCAAAGGAGAAGAAAGACUGCACAUUAUCGACUUUGACAUCAAUCAGGGCAGCCAGUACAUUACAUUGAUACAAUUUCUGAAAAACAAUGCAAACAAGCCACGCCAUUUGAGGAUAACUGGUGUUGAUGAUCCUGAGACAGUUCAGAGGCCCAUUGGAGGUCUGAGGGUCAUUGGGCAACGCCUAGAGAAGCUUGCAGAGGACUGUGGGGUCUCUUUCGAAUUCAGGGCAGUGGGUGCUAACAUUGGGGAUGUUACACCUGCGAUGCUUGAUUGUCGUCCUGGUGAAGCACUUGUUGUCAAUUUUGCAUUCCAGUUGCACCAUCUUCCUGAUGAGAGUGUUUCAAUUAUGAAUGAAAGGGACCAGCUCCUUCGUAUGGUGAAGGGACUCCAUCCUAAGCUAGUGACCCUGGUUGAGCAGGAUGCCAAUACCAAUACUGCACCGUUUCUGCCAAGGUUCCGUGAAGUCUAUGAUUACUACUCUGCGCUUUUUUAUUCUUUAGAUGCGACACUUCCAAGGGAGAGCCCAGAUAGAAUGAAUGUGGAGAGGCAGUGUCUUGCACGAGAAAUUGUUAACAUCUUGGCUUGUGAAGGUCCUGAUCGUGUGGAGAGGUUCGAAGUUGCUGGGAAAUGGAGAGCAAGAAUGACAAUGGCUGGCUUCACACCAUGCCCAUUUAACAGCAAUGUCAUCAGUGGAAUAAAGUCGAUACUGAAAUCAUAUUGUGAUAGGUACAAGUUCCAUGAGGAUCAUGGCGGGCUUCACUUCGGCUGGGGGGAGAAGACUCUCAUUGUCUCCUCCGCAUGGCAAUAG